UAGUUCAACCUGGUGGAAUACACAUAGCAUCAAAGUCAUCAACCAAAUAACUAAAAAAAUAAUUUUGUUGAUUUAUCUUCACCAUGGAUAUCAUUCAAGAGCCAGGGAAACCUGACUUUGUCUUGCUGGACAACUUAACGCUUGAAGCUUUUAUGGAAAAUCUCAAAAUCAGGUUUCAAAAAGGCAGGAUAUAUACUUACAUUGGUGAAGUGGUCGUCUCAGUCAAUCCAUACAAAGCUAUGAAUAUUUUCACACCCGAAUAUAUUAAAGAUUAUAAAGGUCGAGAAUUUUGGGAAAAACCACCUCAUAUAUAUGCCCUUGCUGAUGCUGCUUAUAAAAGCAUGAAGAGAUAUAUGAAAGACACAUGUAUUGUAAUAUCAGGAGAAUCUGGUGCUGGUAAAACAGAAGCUUCAAAAAUUAUAAUGAAUUACAUUGCUUCUAUUACUAACGUCAGUGCAAGAGCUGAGAUUGAACGGGUUACAGGGAUUCUUCUUAAAAGCAACGUAAUCUUGGAGUCAUUUGGAAAUGCCAAGACAAAUCGAAACGAUAAUUCAUCACGAUUUGGAAAAUACAUGGACAUUAACUUUGAUUUUAAAGGAGACCCAAUAGGGGGUCACAUUAACAAUUAUCUUCUGGAAAAAUCCCGGGUUGUCCACCAACAAUCUGGUGAAAGAAAUUUUCAUUCCUUCUACCAGCUGUUACUUGGUGCAACAGAACAAACGUUGACUUCCCUGCAUUUAAAACGUGAUGUAGAUGCUUACAAUUUCACACGCCAGGAUCAAUCGAACAAUUCACGAUCAAUUGAUGACAAACGAACAUUUCGUGAAAUGACGGGAGCAUUUAAAGCUGUUGGUUUCACUCAUGAUGAGCAGAAAGCCUUGUUUCAACUACUUGCUGUCAUAUUGCAUUUGGGUAAUAUUGAAUUUACUCUUAACGGAGACGUUGUUGGCGUGAAAAACAAACAAGUUCUAUCACAAAUAGCUGAACUUCUAGGCACAAAUGCUGAUGCCAUUGAACAAGCGUUGCUUACCAGAGUGGUAGCUGCAAGAGGGGAAGUGAUAUCCAAGUUACACACUCAUGAAGAUACUUGUUUUGCCAGAGAUGCUUUCGCAAAGGCAAUUUAUGAGCGAGCUUUUUCAUGGAUUGUUCAGCGAAUUAAUACCAUCAUUGAAGUGAAGCUUGAUAUUACAAGGUUAGUUGUGUUGUGUGUUAUAUAUAAUUAUACCACCUUUCAUUUUUUUGAUUAUAGAUAUGGCAAAAGUACAUUGAUCGGCGUGUUAGAUAUUUAUGGCUUUGAAAUAUUUGACAACAAUAGUUUCGAACAAUUCUGCAUCAAUUAUUGCAACGAAAAGCUUCAGCAAUUAUUCAUUGAACUUGUGUUGAAACAGGAACAAGAAGAAUAUCUUCGUGAAGGGAUUGAUUGGCCAAAUAUUGAUUAUUUCAACAACUGCAUCAUCUGUGAAUUGGUGGAACAACCACAUAAAGGAAUUAUUUCAAUACUUGAUGAAGCUUGUCUUAAUGUUGGAACUGUUACUGAUGAAAUGUUUCUGGAAGCAAUGGAUAAGAAGUUAAAAGGACAUGGACAUUACCAGAGCAGGAGGCUUUCACCAACCGACAAGGAUCUGUCGCACAAUCAAGAUUUCCGAAUAAUUCAUUAUGCCGGUAAAGUGAGAUAUUCUGUCGUUGGAUUCAUGGAGAAAAAUAAAGAUCAAUUGUUUCAAGAUUUUAAACGACUGUUGUACAAAAGUUCCAACAAAGUAAUAUCGGACAUGUGGCCAGAAGGAGCACAAAGUGUGAAAGAAGUUACCAAACGUCCACUUACCGCUGGUACUCUGUUUAAAAACUCCAUGAUUCAACUUGUUGGGAAACUAUCUUCCAAGGAACCUUACUAUGUUCGUUGCAUCAAACCAAACGAGAUGAAAUCUCCGAUACAAUUCAACGAUGAGAGAUGUGAACACCAGGUGGCAUACUUGGGUUUGCUCGAAAAUGUUCGAGUACGACGAGCUGGUUUCGCUAAUCGUCAACCUUACUCAAGAUUCCUACAAAGAUACAAGAUGUUAUCCUCCUACACAUGGCCUAACCAUCAAUGCAGGGGAGACAAGGAAGCCGUACAAGCUCUAAUUAAAGACAUCAGUUUUGAGCAUGAUGUGGCAUAUGGAAACACCAAGAUAUUUAUUCGAACACCAAACACACUUGUUACUCUUGAAGAACAGCGAGUGGACUUGAUUCAAUACAUUAUUGUGUUGCUACAAAAGGUGAUGGGAUACAAUAUUAUGAAUCUUAUGAGAAACUAAAACAAAUUUUGCAUC